CAAGAUACUCGGUCACUCACACUCAGUCAGCGAGGGUUACUCAAGGUGGUGAGGCGGCACCGGUGAGGCAGUGUUCGUGGCCUGACGGUAACAAGCCUUGGCACAACAACAGCUGCGGCACGGCUCUGCUUGGGGGCCCGGAAGGGAAAAUGUGAGAGGAAGGAGAAAAAUCCGCAGGUGAUAAAAUGAACACCCACGUGCUGACGACUGUGCUGGCGACGGUGCUGCUGAUGCUGGCAGUGGCGGAGGCUGUCGUGGUGGAGACUGCACGACUCACUGACUCCUCAGAUUUCGAAAACUGCACCGCGAGCAUAAAAUUAGUCCCCACCCUCCGGCUCCUUCCUCCUGACCAUUCCUCGUCCCCGUCCUCCCCCACCCUCGCUCCCCUCACCCUGCCUCCCAUGACCACUCAGUCCCUGCUGUACCCCCAGCCCCACGCCACCCCACACCCCACACCACACGCCACAACCACCACCACCACACCAAAGCAACUCAAGUAUAAAACAACACCAACACCCCACAAGACCCUAAGUCCCUUCCUCGUGUCCGAGAAGCACACUACACUAAAUGGAAAACCGAAAGCAACAGAAUACAGCGAGAAGCCCACCACAACGAAGCUCUUUAAAAUACAAGAUUCAUUCAUAUCGAUGAAGGACAAGUUUCUGUUCUGGUUCCAGGAUACUGAAAGCUCAAGUCCUUCCUCCUACUCCUCCUCUGUCUCCUCUUCUUCCUCAACAGCUCCUCCAUCCCCUAAACAGCCACACGUCUCCACCCUGCCUCCCCCCUCCCUCACGCUGCCCUUACCCACGGUCCCGUACCUCUCCGUCACCCCCACGCCUGAACUCAAACUUUUGGAGAUCUGGGAAGAGCUGAAGCACUUCCUCACCAAGCAGAUUCCCCUUGUGCUGCCCUCAGAGUGGGCUCAGCCGUUCAAGAAAUCCUACCUGGAGCGCAUCAGGGCAGCGAAUCACGAGAUAGUGGACAAACUCUUGCAAGCGGAGGAUGACGAAGACGAGUCCACAGACAACCACCAAAGGGGCAACGACACCUGUCGCCUGCCGGAGAAGCGCCUGGCCCACCUGUUCUACCUGCGGACGAUCUUAGUGCUCCUCCUGCAGGCUCUCCCGCAGACUGUCGAGGAGGUGGAGGAGGCGGCCUGGAACCCAGAGAUCACAGACUACAUUUUCAGGCCUGAACGGAGGGCCGUGUUUGACGUGUACGGGUGCCGGGAGUGCUACGCCCUGGACGCCACCGGGGUGUGCAGGGAGCUGUUCUACUGCAAGGACGGCUCAGAUCUGUUCUCCAGGACCUCUCGACGCCGCCCCGUCGGGUGAUGCGCUGGCGGUGGUGCUGCUGGGGAAGGUGGAGGAAGGACUACAGUGAGCAGAAGCGUAGUGAAAUUAACGCUUUUCAGAUUGACUCUCUCUCUCUCUCUCUCUCUCUCUCUCUCUCUCUCUCUCUCUCUCUCUCUCUCUCUCUCUCUCUCUCUCUCUCUCUCUCUUUUUGUGUGUGUAACUUGGGCAGGAAAAGUAUUAUAUAGUAUUUAUAAGUAUUCAUAAUAGUUUCUUCCUUAUUUAUAUUAUUUUCAAUAUUUCAAUUAUGAACAAACAACCACACACAUGUAUACAAACAAGCGAGCUAAAUAAAUCAUGACUCCUUA